CAACGCACCUGGGCCCAGGGAGCGCGGCAGCGGCGGCGGCAGUGACCCCUGCCUGCGUGAGUCUGACUGCGGGUAAGCGCUGGCUUGACGCUCCGUACAACAACAACAACCUCCUCACCACCACCUCCAUCCCCGGCCAGGUGUCUGAUGCGGAGCUCUCCGCCCUCCAGGCUCUCUUUUCCGCCGCUUGAAGAAGGGCUUCCCUGACUGCCGCCACCGGCCCUCAAGCUGCCGAAGCCGAUGGAUCAUGGUCUGUUUGAGAUGGAGGGCAGCGCAAUGUCACCGGUUCGCGUGGACGGCUUUGAGCUCUGUGACAAUAUAUCCAACUCUGAAGCCCUCGCGGCCCAAAGCCGAAACCUCAACGAGACGCUCGCUCAGACUCUCCCUCUUUCCCCGAACGACGAGGGAGGAACGCGCGGCGCGGUCCACAAACCCCCUCUGGACAACGGUGGGACGGAGGGGGAGGAGGUGGCAACGGCAAAAGAGGAACGCUCCGGAGGAACCAGAGAUGAGGAAGAGGACGAUGAUGAAGUGAUGAAGGAAGAGGAGGAGGAGGAGGAAUCUGAGGCGUCAAGUUCGUUAAUAUGCUGCCAGUCUCCGGAUACUCCCAUGACUGAUUCCUCGUACUCAGAGACAGGCAGCCUGCUGGAAACUCCAUACCCCUUCAGCCCUGGGACCAGUCCAGAACCUACAUCCCCCGUCAUUCCAGUCAUCAGUCCAGAGACGUUACGUCCCGUCCAGUCGGCUGAGCUGAAUCGCAGCGUUGUGGGAGCGCUUUCUGGUACCGCUGACUCCGGGUCGGAUUCGACCUUUACCGCAGAGUCAGCAGACUUAACUUCACACGUUACAACCGCGGCCACGCAGCCCGACGGCUCCUCUGGAUCCAGAUGUAGCACAGCAGCCUCUGAGGCGAUAUUAAAGGACUCCUGUGCAGAACAGCUUACCUCCUCCAAGGAGCCGGUCACCGGCUGCCGGCCUGCUUCUACACGAGGCACCAGCAGCUCAAGUACCGGACCCGUCUGUAUAUCUCCUGAAUCGUCUCCUUUCAGUGUAAACGCAGAACCCUCCACCUUCAAUACAGGAAGCAAAACCACGUCUACUUCAUGCUCUUUACCUACAUCCUCAAAUCGGGAACAGGUUACUUCCCCUCCAGUCGCCGACUACUCUUUAAGCCCGACUCUCCUGGCGUCUCUUGAGGAGCUGGCAGGGAGAGAUGACGAUACCCACCUUCCACGGUACCUUCACCAGAUCGCUGAGACCUUCGUCCUCCAGAAAGACUACCGGCGAGCUUUAUUGUUUAUCCAGCUAGAGCAGCUCUACCACCGCAGAGUGCUGGAAAACCUGAAUGCACUUCAGGAGCAGUGGGUGAGCCUCAGUGGAGGGGCGACCCCUGAGCUGACAGCCACCCACCUGGACUCCCUGCAACACAUCUGCCAGACGCACUCUCGACCAACGACACGAGAUGCUGAGGUUGCUCUUCUGGACAAUUUGAGACGCAGCUUUGACGGAGGUGUUUCACGUCCUUCAUGCAUCUCAAUACCUCGUCGGGUUAAAGGGGUGAUGGAGCAGGGAGCCGAGGACUCCUUUUGUCUCUCCGCUAAUGUGCUGGAGAGGCUCAGUCUGCCUGACACGGACAGGGAACACCCGGACGGAAAAUCAGAGGGGCGGGACAUCUUUUAUGGCUCUGAGCUGACUGGAAAGCAAGCUCACAGCGGAGAGGUGGAAGGAGGGGAGCAACGCGGUGCUCCAGCCCCGGCAAAUGGGCUGCACCCCUCCACAGCUGGGGGAAUGGAUCGCUCCGAGCCCUCAGAGCAGCAGGAGGAAGAUUUAGGUCCUGCAGGGGAAGCGGAGGCGAAGGAGGAGGAGGAGGAGGACAAGAGCGAAGUGGAGGAGGCUGCGGAGGCGAGGGAGAUGGAAGAUGAGGGGACAGAGGAUGAUGGCGAGGACGAGCCGAGCAAAGGAGACUCUCUUUUGUGUCAGGGAGCUCCUUCAGAGGAGACUCUGGUCAGUGGGGAGGAGUUGCAGCUGCACUGGGAUGCUUCAGCCCAGGAGAAGCUACAUGCCUACCAGGAGACUCAGGAGGACUCUGAAACCUGGUCGAACGAGGAGGCACUCCCUUCCCAGGAGGCCGAGGCGGAGCAGCAAGAACAGUAUGCUGGAGGGAGGGAGGAAGAAGAGGACUGCGAGGCUGAGUUUAGCAGGAGGGAUCCCUCACUGGACGACAUGGCAAAGCUCAUCACCGUGGAGGAGAUCUCCCCUGCCGCUGGACUGGUGUCCAUCCUAAAGAAGCGAAGUGUGCGUGUGGACAGGCUGACGGAGCCGACUGAUCCAGAACCCAGAGAACCCGAGAGACCCACCGCCAAACGACGCGUCCGCUUCAAAGUUCCCGAUGAUAGCUAUGACCACGAUGUUGGCGGCGUGGACUCCUGUCUGCUCCUCUUCCUCCUUUGUCUGGUCACUGUAGUCAUCAGUAUCGGCGGCACCACCCUUUAUUGUGCUCUGGGUGAUGCCCAGUCCUCUGUCUGCCAGGACUUCUCCAGAAAUGCCGAAUUUUACAUCGACCAGAUACGCCGCGGGAUAGCUCAGCUGCAACACUGGUAUACCUCUGGGUUGUAGCAGGCAGCAGUUUGUCAACAACGUGUUGAUUCCUCCACUUACUGCUACUUCCCAGGACAACGGGUAUGGAGGUAACGGCUCCUCAUGGUCACUAAAGAACUUACUGCCAUUUAUAGAGUGGCUGAACAUCUGUUUUGGAUGCAUUUGGCAUUUUCACACCUGUAAUGUUAAUGCUCUGUGAAUACAAUCCCAGUGCACUUUUAAAAAGACAUGGUUCAGAUGCCCGUUUACAGGGAAAUCUGCAGAAAAAAAAACUAAGAUGUAACUUGUGAUGUCUUAAUUUUUUGUACGACAGAAGAUCUGUCCGUUUUCUUACAUUCUCCUUCAAAAUUUAACAAAGUCCUCUGUGCACAACGUUUCAGUUUCAAAAGUUUUGGCUAAAAAAAAAAAGAAAAAUCAUCUUAACUUGCAAAAACUAUCAAAUGACACUUGUUUCCAGCUUUUUUGCAAAAAAAAAAAAAAAAUGGGGGUGAAAAGGUACACAAUAGUGUCUAGUUUAACGUCAGCUCAUAUAAGGGAAGAAGCUUGUUAAGUGUUUUAUAAUUGGUCCAACAACAGGUGUUGCUUUUAGCGUAGCUCUUUUUUUUUUAAAAAUAUAAAAUUUAACCUGAGAGCUAUAACUUUGCAUCUGUCUGCUACUUUGAAUGAAAUCACCAUGUCCUAAGUGUAUCUUAAAAAUUAUGAAUGUUUGGACCUUAAUGAUAAACUUUGCUUUGAGCCAUCUUAAAAAGGUGACAAAAAUCAUAGUGAAAUUGUUAUUUUAUUAUUUAUGAUCAGUGAACAGCUAAUACAAUCAUGUUAUAUUUGUUCAACGUGGGUAGAAAACAACUUAUUUGAACCUUUCCAUUGCAUUUGCAAUGAGUAGAUGCUGAAGAGCUCCCUAUUGUCUGUACAGCACAGAUCUGACUCAGCGCCCUCUUUUUGGGUUUCCUGAGCAAGAUCUAGUUUUGUGUAGCAUAUUUAAAAAUGUAGAGAAAAUGAUGCACAUCUGUAUAUACUGUCAAACGAUUGUUUAUCAUGUUGCACAUGAAACUGGUACUUUAACAAAAAUAUUUUUGAAGAUUUUGCAAUAUUUCUACAGGCAUUUUUCUUUAGGCCUAAGCACGGGCUUGAAUUAAGAUCAUCAUAAACGAAAACGUUCAUAUGGCGUAAGUGUUUGCACAGACCACUUCAACAGAGAACUCAUGAACUACUAAAGUGUUUGUGUCAAAAUGUUAAAUGUUUUAUUCGUUAUAAAAAAAAA